AGAAACCCUAAUUCGUGAGCUUCAUUGUAUCUCUGAGAAUACAAACUCUCGUUGCCGUUUUCACUCACACUCAUCAACAACAUGGCUGAACGUGGUGGCGGAGAUCGUGGCGGUUUCGGUAGCGGUUUCGGUGGUCGUGGUGAUAGAGGUGGUCGCGGUGGUCGUGGUGACAGAGGUCGUGGUGGUCGUCGUAGAGCAGGUGGAAGACGCGAUGAAGAAGAGAAAUGGGUUCCAGUUACCAAACUCGGUCGUCUCGUGAAAGAAGGAAAGAUCCGUAGCCUUGAACAGAUCUACCUUCAUUCACUCCCAAUCAAGGAGCAUCAAAUCAUCGAUACUCUCGUUGGUCCAACUCUGAAAGACGAAGUGAUGAAAAUCAUGCCGGUUCAGAAACAAACCAGAGCCGGUCAAAGAACCCGGUUCAAAGCUUUCGUUGUUGUUGGUGAUAGCAACGGUCACGUUGGUCUCGGUGUUAAGUGUAGCAAAGAAGUAGCUACUGCUAUUCGUGGUGCUAUUAUUUUGGCUAAGCUUUCUGUUAUUCCUGUUAGGAGAGGCUAUUGGGGUAAUAAGAUUGGAAAACCUCACACUGUUCCUUGUAAGGUUACUGGAAAGUGUGGUUCUGUUACUGUUCGUAUGGUUCCUGCUCCUCGUGGUUCUGGAAUUGUUGCUGCUAGGGUUCCUAAGAAGGUUUUGCAAUUUGCUGGUAUUGAUGAUGUUUUUACUUCCUCUAGGGGUUCCACCAAAACCCUUGGAAACUUCGUCAAGGCUACAUUUGACUGUUUGAUGAAAACCUACGGGUUUUUGACACCUGAAUUCUGGAAGGAGACUACUUUCUCCAAAUCUCCAUUCCAAGAGUACACUGAUUUGUUAACAGCUAAGCCAAUUGGAAAGGUUGUGAUCACUGAUGAAGAAAGGGGGGUGGAGGCUUGAAUUUCAUGUUUUGGUUUUGUUGAAUGAUCAUGGUGUGUCUUAAGCAUCUUUGUAGGAACUAGUAUUUUAUCUUUUGUGGUGCCUAUGUUAUUUCCUUUCGUACUGAGGAACCAUUUAUAAUUUCUUGCAUUUGUUUUUAAACUUUGUUUGUCGGAUAUUUACUAAAUUUUGAAUACCAAAUUUUUCUUCCCUAUA